GAUAUCCCCAUCACAGCAUGGGCGCGCGAGCUCGUUUAUUUGCAAUGUCCCGCCGAUCCCGAAUCCACUUUCAGCAAUACGCGGCGAUCAAAUAUUCAGGGCACACCCAGUAGUAGCUAAGGUCCCUGCACCCGGAUCCCAACACUCCGAUAGAUAUGGAGGGCGCCCGCUGCGUGGAUGUAAAUCUGCAAAUGAUGCCCCCAUGGUCUCCGAGGGGAGAGGGAGGUUAGUCAGACUGGGCUCGAGCUUUAGGUCGAUCAUUGGACGGCUACCCCCGAACCCUGUCCCCCGGGACGAUAAUAGCUGGGCCGGAGCUGGAUACUGCGCACUGCAGGUGCUCCCUCACGGCCUCCCCCAACAUCGCACAAGCUUGUGGUCCGUACCUGCCCGUCGCACAGAAACAUGUCUACGCAGGACGCUUCCGCCACUAUCGAAGUGUAUAAUAGCUUAUAUGUGGACAACCGCUGUCUAAUCGCGGUCAUGGCCCUGCUAGCGUACGAAUUCCUAAUAACCUUCGACCAAGAGGUGGAAAUGUUCUGGGUGCGCAAGAUGACGGGUGCAUCCGUCCUCUUCUUGUCCAACAGGUACCUGCUGCUGUUAGGCUACAUUCUCGUCAUGUGCGAGUAUAUUCCGAUGUCUGACACGAGUUGUGCUCAGAUGGUCAAGGCACAGUCAGUCAUACACUUCCUUCAAUACCUUCCUUGGGCUGCAUUUUCUGGCCUGCGUGCGUUUGCGCUGAAUGGCCAAAGCUGGCCACUCCCGACGCUCAUAUUCCUCCUCUCUCUGAUGCCAAUGGGUGUGAACUUUGCUCAGUACAGCUUCGGGCUAACCGGAAGCCACGAUCCGACAUUCGGCUGCCUCGUCGAAGUGAACCUCACUGUCCCCCAAGCUAAGACAGUGACGAUUUUAUCCCGGGUUCCUCUGAUUGUGGCAGACAUCCUGGUCAUCGCUGUCACCUGGUUCACAAUGCGGCGUCGAGUGCUCCGUGACGAGCCUGGAUUCCGGAGCCCCCUGACCCUCUCUACUAUUCUCUUACGCGACGGCACCAUAUACUUCAUAAUACUUCUUAUCUUAAACGUCCUUCACCUCACGUUGACUAUGAUCUCGCUGGUCAUACCCUUCGACCCUUCAAGCCAGGUCACGACUGUCACCGAGCCUGUGACCGCGGUGCUCGUCUCGCGUUUCCUCAUCGACCUGCAAACCGCCAGCCGCAAAACCCUACGGCUCGAUUCCCAGGACUCCA